CCGCCACUGCCUGUAUACACACGAAAAUCCGCAACCAAGCCAAUGCCGACCCUAGUAUACGAAUCUAACGGAUAUUCAACUGCGAGAUGCGGGAGUUGGCACCCCUUUACGUAUGGUUGCCACGGUAACGGAUAACCAUCGUUGUUUACAAACAUUUAAAAAAUUUCAGAGAUGAUAUUUAUUUCAAAGAAUAUGCUUAGACCAAAGACAAACGCCCACACAUUAUUAAUUUUUCUAUGAGUAUCAUAUAUCUGAUGGAGAAUUUAAAAAUAGUCACGAUGUGGUCAAUGAAAUUGAAGAUAGACAUUAUGGUAAUUAUUGCACUUACGGGUUUUUUUAUCCGUUCUUCCGCAGAAUAUUUCAUCCGCAGAUUAUUUGGCUGAAUUCUUAAUUAUUUCUGGUGGUAGAUAAUCAAAUUUAUUAAUAUAGGUAUUAAAUAGUGGUGGUUGAAUAGAGUGGUCAUACUAUUUGUGCUUAUCCUCUAGUCUGAAAAGUUUUUUUUACAAAUUAUAAAUUUAUAUAUCUGACCAGUUUUUACAUUAAAAUGUCUUUGGAAAAUAACUGGCAUUAUGAUUAUGUGCGCUUGGCCUGGGAUACUGGAUUUUCAUUUGAGAAAUGGAGAUCAAAUAGUCCAAAUAACAAUAAAAUAUGUAUUGUUGAUAUAGAAAAGGUUAUAAAAGAAAGAGAUGUUGCUAUUGUUGAUCAGUGUAUUCCUGAUAUUUUACAAUAUUUAUUAGAGGAAGAACAAACAAAAAUUCUUGAUAAAAAUUUUGUUAAAAUGUUUAGAAUAAGUCAGUUGGCUGUAGAAUUCUUAAUAUUUUGCAAGAAAUAUUUAGACAAUACUGUGGUGUUACUCAAAAAAGAACUGACUAAAAACAAAGAAGAGAUGAAGGAAUUAAACAUUUUUAUUGAAGAACUAAAAGAACAACUUAAAGUCUUGAUUAAACAACAAUCAAUAUUAACAUUUAAAUGCAAUAUCUGUUUAAAGGUAUUUUCUGCUGAAGAGUAUUUAAAUUCUCAUAUGCAAAGGAAGCAUGGAAAUGUCAAUACCAAGCAGUCCAACUUUCAUACUGACAAAAUAGAUUUAGAGAUUAAAGAAUUAAAAGAAAGAUUGAAUACUACAGAAAAAUUAUUGGAAGAAAAAAAUAGCCAGCAUCAGCAAACCAGUAAAUACUCAGAAAAUGACUUUCUUAAAAUAUUUGAGAAAUUUAGGGAACAAAUUAUUAUAGAAUUUCAAGAUCUAAAAAUGCAGAAAGACUCAUAUGAGGAGAACAUUAAUCAAAUACUUGAUACUUUACUCAAUAAGAAUUUAUUUGAAAAUAGAAAAUUAUUGGCUACUGUAAAAAACGAUGUCAUGACUCAGACUGAUACAAUUUUACAGAAUAUCGAACCUUGCAAUGACCAAACUGUCAGUGUUAGUAAAACCAAUGUACAUAAUGAAUCAAAUUUUUCUGAAAGUAUAAUUGUUGAAAAAAUAUCUGCAACAUUAGCUAAUAUUGAAGGACAAAUGCAAAUGUUUUGUUCAAAAUUAAAUGAAACUUCAAAAACUACAGAUUGUAAUAACCAGGAAUUUUUAGUAGAAAGUGAAGAUGUUUUCAGACAAAAAGAAGUAAUACCUUCAGAGAAACCAAAAAUUAAACCUAGAACAAAAUUUACUUGUGUUAGUAAAAAUGAAGAUACCUUUAUCAAACAAGUGAAGCAUGAAAAAGGGCCAGAAGUAGACUUAAUAAUACCAAAAACAGAAUCCCAGGAAAUAAAAUCAGAAAUAUCAAGGACUUACGAAAAAGAAUGUUUUUCUAGUACAUCUGACUCUCAAAUUUCAGAAGUACCCAAUAUGGAAUUGGAAAAAAAUGAAAAUCCAGAGAGUUCAGUUCCAACCAAACCUUUCAAUGCUCAGAGUUUUAAAAAAAAUGUUAACUAUAUACUCUUAAAACAAUUACAAAAUAUAGGAAUUUCAAAAAAUUGGAGUGCUAUUCCUGAAAAUACUUUUGCGACAACAUCAAAAUUAGUAAAUCAUCAGUCAUAUCUAUUAAAGCAGAUGUAUCCAGAUUUUGAGAGGAUUAAGAAAUCAAUUGUGAAAACUAUAGAAGAUCGUUGUACAAAUAAGGAAAAGAAGGCAAAUUUUAAAAAUGGACAGAAAAGGACAGAUCACCAAAAUAUAAUUAAACUUACAUGUAGAGCCAAACCAAAGAGACAAACUCUGGCUAGUGUCACAAUAAAUAAUAGAGCUCUGUAUGAAACAGACUCGGAUAGUGAAUAUGAUAUCGACAAACGCAGCAAUGAAAAUUUUCGUCCUAGCACAAUUUAUUCUAACGUAAUAACCGAACUAAAGUCAAGAAAUCUGGAAAAUAAACAUUUGACAGCCACUGGGGGCAGUGCGAAAAAUGAAAACGACAAACAGAAAGGAGUUUUAAAAAGUUUUCCAUCAGUUGGUUCGUUAUCAAAGAAAAAGGUCAUAUUCGACAUAGCUCGUGACGACGUUAAGUUGACUACUACUUCAUUGAACCAACAAAAGGAAGUACAACCAGGUGGAAGUACAACCAGUAUUGCAAGUUCAAUUUUUGAUGGUAAUUUAGAAGACAAUAAUCCAAAUUUGUUUCUUUGACAAAAUGAUUUUGAUGAAAAUUCCGAUGAAAAGCAGAAUAAUAUAAAAAUAAUGAUAUAAUUUUAAUUCUGGAUGAUACUCCUGCCUAUUUCUUAUUUCGUUACAGUUUUUACUUAAUAACAGAGAGGGUUAAUUAUCAGCAAGGUUGUAGUUGCAUAAUUCUGCAAAAAUACAGACAACGCAAGUUUUAUUUCUAAAGCCCAACUCUAACAAAACCAAAACAAACAUACUAUUAAUAUUAUAGUUUAUAUUAAUUAGGUACCUUGUGAUCGAAAAAAAAACCACGUGGCAAUAACGAUCAUCAUAUAUUUUUACAAAAAUGCCAUAGAUCGUAAUUUCCAAGCAUACAGCGACGUCGUUUUUAUCGAAUGGGUUAUAUUUUUCUAUUUAUUGCAGUGAUAUAAUAAGAUGUAUAGGAUUUGAUAUUAAAAAAGAUGUGUUAUUGUAAAGUAAUAAA